GAGCGGGCAGCCGAGGAGCCGCCGCCGCCGCCGCCGCCGCCCUCGGCCGCCGACGGCUCCUGAGUCUCCGCCACCGCCGCCGCGCCGGUGAGAGCCGGCCGAGAGAGGGAAGAAGAUGGGCGCCGUCCUGCGGAGCCUCCUGGUCUGCGGGUUGUGCGCCUUGGCGAGAGCAUCUCCACUGUUGCUUUACGCAAAUCGGCGUGAUCUCCGGCUGGUGGAUGCUGCGGAUGUGACCGAGAAUGCUACGAUUGUGGUGGGUGGCUUGGAAGAUGCUGCUGCGCUGGACUUCGUCUUCAUGCACGGUUUGAUAUACUGGAGCGACGUCAGCGAAGAAGCCAUUAAAUGCACAGAAUUCAAUCAAUCCGGAAGUGUGCAAAACAUUGUCAUUUCUGGGCUCUUGUCACCUGAUGGGCUAGCUUGUGAUUGGCUGGGUGAAAAACUGUACUGGACGGAUUCUGAAACGAACCGGAUCGAAGUUUCCAAUUUGGAUGGAUCUUUGCGAAAGGUUUUAUUCUGGCAAGAAUUGGAUCAACCCAGAGCGAUUGCAUUAGAUCCUGUAAGAGGGUUCAUGUAUUGGACGGACUGGGGAGAAAUGCCAAAGAUAGAACGGGCUGGGAUGGAUGGUUCAAGCCGUUCAGUUAUCAUCAAUGCAGAUAUUUAUUGGCCAAAUGGAUUAACCUUGGAUUAUGAAGAACAGAAGCUGUACUGGGCAGAUGCCAAACUGAACUUCAUUCACAGAUCAAAUCUGGACGGGACACAUAGGCAAGCUGUGAUUAAAGGAUCCCUGCCACAUCCAUUUGCUCUGACGUUAUUUGGUGACACGCUGUAUUGGACAGAUUGGACGACUCGCUCCAUUCUGGCCUGCAACAAAUACACUGGACAGAACCUGCGUGAAAUACAUUCCAACAUCUUUUCUCCCAUGGAUAUCCACGUCUUCAGCCAACAGCGGCAGCCCAGUGCUACAAACCCCUGCAAGGAUAAUAACGGUGGCUGUUCCCAUCUGUGUUUGAUGUCUCCUAUCAAGCCCUUUUAUCAGUGUGCCUGUCCCACAGGCGUGAAACUCCUUGAGAAUAAGAAGACUUGCAAAGAUGGAGCCAUGGAGUUGCUACUGCUGGCCCGAAGGACCGAUUUGAGACGGAUCUCCUUGGACACUCCGGAUUUCACGGAUAUUGUGCUGCAGUUGGAAGACAUUCGUCACGCCAUUGCCAUUGACUAUGACCCCGUGGAAGGGUACAUUUAUUGGACAGAUGAUGAAGUGAGAGCCAUCAGGCGUUCGUUCCUUGACGGCUCGGCUAGCCAGUUUGUUGUACAGGCACAAAUUGCACACCCGGAUGGCAUUGCUGUAGAUUGGGUGGCCCGAAAUCUUUACUGGACGGAUACGGGGACAGACCGCAUCGAAAUCACACGGCUUAAUGGGACUAUGAGGAAGAUCUUAAUCUCAGAAAACCUGGAAGAGCCGAGAGCUAUAGUUUUGAAUCCUAUGACUGGCUACAUGUACUGGACCGACUGGGGAGAGGUUCCAAAAAUUGAAAGGGCUGCUCUAGAUGGUUCUGACCGAGUUAUACUGGUGAAUACCUCGCUUGGUUGGCCCAAUGGAUUGGCACUGGAUUACAUUGAAAACAUGAUAUACUGGGGAGAUGCCAAAACAGACAAAAUUGAGGUCAUGAAAACAGACGGAACCAGCAGAAGAGUCCUUGUGGAAGACAAGCUGCCCCACAUCUUUGGUUUCACUCUGCUGGGGGACUAUAUUUAUUGGACAGACUGGCAAAGAAGAAGUAUUGAGCGGGUUCAUAAGCGGACAGCUGAAAGGGAGAUCAUAAUUGACCAGUUGCCUGAUCUCAUGGGCCUCAAGGCUACCAACGUCUACAGAACCAUGGGUACAAAUCCUUGUGCAGAAUCCAAUGGGGGCUGCAGCCACCUCUGCUUGUACAGGCCCCAAGGAUUGCGCUGCGCCUGCCCCAUCGGCCUGGAGCUCCUGAGUGACAUGAAGACCUGCAUUGUCCCAGAGGCCUUCCUGCUGUUUUCCCGCAGAGCAGAUAUCAGGCGAAUCUCUCUCGAGACGAACAACAAUAAUGUUGCUAUUCCACUAACAGGAGUCAAGGAAGCCUCUGCCCUGGAUUUUGAUGUGACUGACAACCGCAUAUAUUGGACAGACAUCUCGUUGAAGACCAUUAGUAGAGCAUUCAUGAAUGGAAGUGCUUUGGAACACGUGGUUGAGUUUGGAUUGGAUUACCCAGAAGGCAUGGCUGUGGAUUGGUUAGGGAAGAAUCUCUACUGGGCAGAUACGGGAACAAAUCGUAUCGAAGUGUCAAAAUUGGAUGGACAACAUCGCCAAGUUCUAGUCUGGAAGGAUCUUGACAGCCCUCGGGCGCUGGCCCUCGAUCCCGCCGAAGGGUUCAUGUACUGGACUGAAUGGGGUGGGAAACCCAAGAUUGACCGAGCAGCCAUGGAUGGUAGUGAACGCAGCACUUUAGUGCCAAACGUGGGGCGAGCAAAUGGCCUGACGAUUGAUUAUGUCAAAAGAAGACUGUAUUGGACUGACUUGGAUACCAAUUUGAUCGAAUCUUCAAAUAUGCUGGGCCUUGACCGUGAUGUUAUAGCCGAUGAUUUACCGCAUCCCUUUGGCCUGACACAGUACCAGGAUUACAUCUACUGGACAGACUGGAGCCGACGUAGCAUCGAACGUGCCAACAAAACCAGCGGACAGAAUCGCACCAUCAUCCAAAACCACCUGGAUUACGUGAUGGACAUCCUAGUCUUCCAUUCAUCCCGGCAAGCUGGCUGGAAUGAGUGUGCUUCCAGCAAUGGGCACUGCUCCCACCUCUGCCUGGCAGUGCCCGUGGGUGGCUUUGUCUGUGGAUGUCCUGCUCAUUAUUCCUUGAACCCUGACAACCGAACAUGUAGUGCCCCUACAAGUUUCUUGCUCUUCAGUCAGAAGAAUGCAAUCAAUCGUAUGGUGAUCGAUGGGUUGAAGAGUCCAGAGAUCAUCCUUCCGAUACACAGCCUCAGAAAUGUUCGGGCAAUCGACUAUGAUCCCUUGGAGAAACAGCUUUACUGGAUCGAUUCUCGCCAAAACAUUAUCAGAAGAUCCCAAGAGGAUGGCAGUCAGAGUUCUACCAUUGUGACGAGUCCCGUCCCCAACCAGAAUCUAGAUAUCCAGCCGUAUGAUCUGAGUAUCGAUAUUUACAGCCGUUACAUUUACUGGACUUGUGAAGCCACGAACGUCAUCAAUGUCACACGCCUGGAUGGACGGUUGAUGGGCGUGGUGUUGAAAAACGAUCAGGAUCGGCCUAGAGCGAUUGUUGUGAAUCCAGAAAAGGGGUACAUGUAUUUCACCAAUCUCCAAGAAAGAUCUUCCCCUAAGAUUGAAAGGGCAGCAUUAGACGGAACUGAACGGGAGGUCCUCUUUUCCAGCGGGCUAAGUAAACCUGUCGCCUUGGCCAUUGAUAGCCAUUUGGGGAAGUUAUUCUGGGCGGACUCUGACCUGCGGAGAAUCGAGAGCAGCGAUCUGUCUGGUGCGAAUCGGAUAGUCCUAGAAGACUCCAACAUACUGCAGCCUAUAGGCCUGACCGUAUUUGAAAAAUGGCUUUACUGGAUUGAUCGUCAUCAACAGAUGAUUGAGAAAAUUGACAUGACUCGCCAGGAGGGACGAACAAAGGUUCAGGCUCGAAUUGCUCAGCUGAGCGACAUCCAUGCCGUUAAAGAACUCAACAUGCAGGAAUACCAGCCUCCAACCUGCUCCCCACAACAGUUCACGUGUUACACAGGAGAGAUUGACUGCAUCCCUGUGGCUUGGCGUUGUGAUGGGUACACGGAGUGUGAGGAUGCCAGUGACGAGAAGAACUGCCCCUUGUGCUCCGAUUCCCAGUUCCAGUGUGAGAGCGGGCAGUGCAUCGAUGCCGCGCUGCAGUGCAACGGAGAACCAAAUUGCCAGGAUAACUCCGACGAAAAGAAAUGUGAAGUGCUUUGUUUAACUGACCAGUUCCGGUGUGCGAGUGGUCAGUGCAUUGGGAAAAACAAGAAAUGUGAUCACAGCCUCGAUUGCAAUGACAAUUCAGACGAACAGGGCUGCUACACAACCGAAGAACCAGCCCCACCUGCCACCAAUACAAUCGGCUCCGUCAUCGGUGUGAUCCUUACGGUGUUUGUCGUUGGUGCUAUGUACUUCGUUUGUCAGAGAGUGCUGUGCCCACGCAUGAAAGGAGAUGGAGAAACAAUGACCAAUGACUACGUUGUCCAUGGACCAUCUUCUGUGCCUCUGGGUUAUGUGCCUCACCCAAGCUCCCUUUCUGGAUCUCUUCCAGGUCAGAUUUAUACAGGAAUGUCCCGUGGUAAAUCUGUGAUCAGUUCACUUAGCAUCAUGGCAGGAAGCAGCGGCCCACCUUAUGACCGAGCUCACGUCACUGGGGCGUCCUCCAGCAGCUCCUCCAGCAUCAAAGGAACCUACUUCCCUCCAAUUUUGAACCCGCCUCCAUCACCAGCAACAGAGGACUCCCGCUACACAAUGGAAUUUGGUUACUCGUCCAAUAGUCCGUCUACGCACAGGUCAUACAGUUACAGGCCAUACAGCUACCGCCAUUUUGCACCUCCCACAACCCCGUGCAGCACCGACGUUUGUGACAGUGAUUACGCACCCAGCCGUCGGGUGAUGACCAUGGGGGGCAAAGGCUAUGCCAGCGACCUCAACUACGAUUCUGAGCCCACGCCACCGCCACCAACCCCACGCAGCCAGUACUUGUCUGCAGAGGAGAACUAUGAGAGCUGCCCGCCUUCCCCGUACACAGAGCGGAGCUACACACACCACCUCUACCCGCCGCCCCCCUCUCCUUGCACCGAUUCCUCGUGAGGGGAGCCCGCCCCCCCCCCUCAACUACGUCCAGCUCAGCUGUGUAAAUAGUGUCGCUUGCCCUUGUUGAGGACAUGGGGGGGCAGAAUCUCCUGUGUACAGUUAAAAUAUUUGUCCUAGGGAAAUUGCCUUUUGUAGAAUGGGGAGAGGGAGGGAGCAAAGAGGUUAUUUAUAUAUUUUUUCCUAAAAAGAGAAAUUGCUGCUUUGUGACAUAAGAAAUUUUUUUUAAAAAAAGUUUGUAUACAAAGUUUUUUUUAAUUAUUAUUUUUCCAAAUGGAACACAAGAAGAUGCCUUAAAUCCGUGAAGGGACUGAGCAUGUAAGGAAACGGAAGGACCAGGAGAUGUUGCUGUUCAAUGAGCCAAAUAUCCAAAAAAGAAGACAAAAGAAGAAGGAAGUGGGGGGUUUAAAAAAAGAAAAGAGGAAUAAGAAAACAAGGAAAAGAAU